CUGUGGUGUUGAAAUACCAUGUUCAUCUGAUCAUUUCAAUUCACAUUGUGUUUAAUUUGUGCAUUAUUCAUAGAAUUACGAUGGCUGCUUAUGCAGCUCUUGUUUCUCUUAUGCGUAUCAUAGUUGAUAUUGAGACUCAUCCUUCCCCUCCGAUUUCUUUCGACAAACAACAAGUAGAAUCUCUUAAACAAAUAGUUAUCUUCUUGCAGGAAUUUCUCGAAGGCUACAAGUCACCUUAUGAGUAUAGCGAAGAAGCAGAUCCAUUGGAGAUUCGCAUUAUGGAUGCAAGUGAUACAGCUGCAGAUGUGAUUGAAUCCUACAUAAUUGACACCAUUCAGCUUUCUGCAGCAGCAACUGAUGAUGGUGUUGUUGAACAAAUCAGUUGCAUCCACUUGUAUCAAGAUCUGCAAAAUGUGAUAGAAGAAAUUGAUUUGAUAAAGAAUGAGGUGGCUGGGAUUAUGAGGGAGAAGGUAGUUCAGCAUGGAAACUCGGGUUCUGAUGAUGUUGGUUUAAGAUCCAAUUCCACUGAGAAGAACAAUCUCAUAGUAGGAUUUGAUGAUGUGCUGCUUGAGCUCUUGGAUAGGCUUACCGAUGGACGUUCCAGUCGCCAAAUCAUCCCUAUUGUAGGGAUGGGUGGCAUCGGCAAAACCACUCUUGCAAAAGGUGCGUUUGAACACGAUCUUAUUAAGGAGCAUUUUGAUUUCUGUGUGUGGGCUACCAUUUCUCAAGAUCAUAAUAUAGGAGAAACUCUUAAGCAUGUACUCGAUCAAGCUGGAGUGGACUUGAGCAAUGAGAGGGAAAAAAAAGACUUAGGAGAAAUACUUUACAAACAUUUAUCACGUAAGAGGUAUCUAGUUGUAAUGGAUGAUAUGUGGAGCAUAGAGGUCUGGGAAAGAUGAAGUUUUUCUUUCCUGAAUACAAUAAUGGGAGUCGAAUAAUAGUGACAACUAGAGUGUCAAACUUAUUUGCUCACUUGUCUGAUAGCCUCGUUAAGAUUGGAUUUCUAGACGAGGUUAAUAGUUGGACUUUGUUCACCAAAAUUGUAUUUGGGGAACAAAGCUUUCCUACUCAACUGGAGACUAUUGGAAAGAAAAUGGUGGAAAAGUGUAAUGGACUUCCUUUGUCUAUUGUUGUGAUAGGGGGUCUAAUGGCUAAAUCUGAACUUACGUUAGAAUAUUGGGAGCACAUUGAGGAAAACUUAAGCUCAAUAGUGAAUUUGGAGGAUGAUGGUUAUUGCUUGAGUAUAUUGAAACUGAGCUAUAACCACCUGCCUGCGUAUCUAAAGCCGUGUUUUCUGUAUAUGGGAGUGUUUGAGGAAGACGAGGAAAUUCUUGCGUCAAGAAUCGUCCAAUUAUGGAUUUGUGAAGGAUUUCUUAAACCAAUAGACAACAAAAGCUUGAGAACAAUCGCCAAACAGUACUUGGAAGAACUAGUGGAUAGGAAUCUCAUUCUAGUUCAUAAGUCGAGGAUACUUGGGAAUGUAAUAUCCUACAAAAUUCAUGAUUUACUAAGAGAUCUAUCUAUGAAAGAAGCUCAGAAACAGAGGUUUUUUUAUGUCUUGAGGGAAGAAAGUCGUGAAGGAGUAAUUAGCCAACCACGUAUUAUUAUUCCUAGAAGCACUUCAAAGCAAAAAAUCAAGGAUGCCUUGGAAUAUAUGACCCAUGCUCGUUCUUAUCUAGUACUAUGUGGUUAUAAAGAAGUUAGUCAAUUCCCAAAUUCUAGAUUUUUGAGGAUAUCGCAUACGCGUAUGAUGUGCUAAGUGAAGAGGAGUAUUCACAAGUUAAUAUGUUUGAGUUGAUGAACUCACGAUACCAUGCUUUUGCAAUUCAUGAGAAGUUUGUAAUUCCUUCUUCCAUCAAUCUGCUUUGGAAUCUAGAUACUCUAAUUAUACGUUGUGGGCAUGUUUUGAUUGCACCAACUGAAAUCUGGAAAAGGUAUAAACUUCGGCAUCUCGGGUGUGAAUCUUGGAGAAUGCAUCUCCCGGAUCCUCCGAGCGUGGACGGGGAUGAUAUUAUCGUCAUGGAGAAUCUAGAAGUGCUCUUAGGAGUGAAAAAUUUCAAUGUAAGUGAAGAUGUUGUUAAAAGAAUUCCCAAUAUCAAGACAUUGAUUAUGAUAUACGAUGGGCAGCUAAUUGAUAUAGUGAAAUAUCUGAGCGGUCUUCACUGUUUUACUAAACUGGAAUCCUUGUUGUUGAUUGUCUGCUAACUCCACUGAUAUUGGAAUGCUGAAGAUCAACUUCCCACCAUCCCUUAAACAGUCUCUCUCUUUUUAGAAAUUGGAGAAAUAGAAACACUCAGGUCAAUUGUAUUGGACUUUUGCAAUGAAUCGGUGGUGGUGUUAGCUAAAGAGAUAUUAGAGAAACAAGAGGAUUUACAUGGAGAACAACUAGACCUUCUUGUUCAAGUUAGAGUUCUGAAUAAAGAUGAAGCUCUUGAGAAGUUGGCAACUUCCAAUUUCAAACUUACAGCAGUGCGUUGAUUGAUGCAUCGACUUUGGUUUCACCCCUCUUCUUUUUCCAGUCAACUCUUCUCACUCUUUCGCUUCAAGUUGAUAUUUGCAUCUAAUAUAAUACUCCUACUUGAUUAAGCUCAAUUUUGGGCUUAGUAAAUGUGUAGAAGCCAUACUUUUUAAGUAAUACAUUUGAAUUGCAAGUUUAUUA